AUGGGAAAAUCUGACAAAGCUGAAAGGGCCAAAGAGAGAAGAGAGAAGAGACUCCAAGAAAUAUCACUUCUCAGAACCAUUCCUUAUUCUGAUCACCAGAGGUGGUGGUCAGCAGAGACCGUUGCGGUGGUUACUGGGGGCAAUAGGGGGAUUGGGUUUGAGAUUUCAAGGCAGCUUGCGGCACAUGGGGUGACAGUUAUUCUCACAUCCAGAGACCACAGUGUGGGGCUUGAAGCAGCUAAGGUCUUCCAAGAGGGUGGUCUGAAUGUGUUUUGCCAUCAGCUCGAUGUGUUAGACGCUUUGUCCAUCAAUGAGUUUUGUGACUGGUUGAAACAAAAUUAUGGUGGCUUGGAUAUUCUGAUAAAUAAUGCAGCUGUUAAUUUCAAUCAAGGGUCUGAUAAUUCUGUCGAGUAUGCCUCUCAGGUUAUUACUACAAAUUAUUAUGGCAUCAAAAAUAUGAUCCAAGCCAUGAUCCCUUUGAUGAAACAUUCAUCUCAUGGAGGUCGAAUUGUUAAUGUGAGCUCCAGAUUGGGUAGAAUAAAUGGCAAACGAAAUAAACUUGAAGAUGCGAAUUUGAGAGAGAAACUUAGCAAUAUUGACACGCUCACAGAAGAAAUGAUUGAUCAAACAGUUUCGACUUUUCUACAACAAGUACAAGAGGGCACUUGGGAAUCAGGAGGGUGGCCUAAAACGUUCACUGACUACUCAAUAUCAAAGCUUGCAGUCAACACUUAUACCAGGCUAAUGGCGAGGAUAUUUUCAGAGAGACCAGAGGGUGAGAAAAUUUAUAUCAACUGUUACUGCCCAGGUUGGGUCAAGACUGCUAUGACAGGUUAUGCUGGGAAUAUUUCAGCUGAAGACGGAGCUGACACUGCAGUAUGGCUUGCCUUGCUUCCAGACCAAGCAGUAACAGGAAAAUUUUUCGCUGAGAGACGGGAGAUAAGUUUCUAA